AUGGCCACCCUCGAUCACCUCAAACAGACCUUGAGAAUCCAAAUGAACAAAUCCGUAUUCCUGGAGCAACAGCCACUGUCGGAGCAACAGUACAGUGAUGGAUUUCAAGUCUUGCUUCAAGCAUCGAAGGUGUCGUACCAAGAGUUUAUCACUCCUCAACUCAAUCAGCUGUUGAGGUUCCUUGUUGAUUCACAAAGCCCCGUUUCCAUACUGGAAGUUGGACCUGGUCCGAGCAGCGUACUUGGACACCUCCCCGGCCGUCUCAGGCGAAAAAUUGGGAAAUACGUUGCCUUCGAGCCAAACAGCUCAUUUGCGAAAAGGUUGAAUGAGUCGCUCUGCUCUAAGAUUCCAACAGAGCCAAUACUGCCCAGUCUGGAGCAUCCAGUCGUCAUUCAUCAAUGCCCAUUUUCCAUACCAGAUAAUAUGGGGCUUGACCACAAUGCUUGCUUUAGAAACGCCAGAAACAAUUACGACCUGAUUUUAUUUUGCCACAGCAUGUACGGCAUGCAAUCGAAAGAGAAGGUCAUCGAAUAUGCAUUGGGAAUGAUCAAAGACAGACCACAGAAAGGAAUGGUGGUUGUGUUUCAUCGCAGCGGAUCACUACACUUUCGCCGCCUGGUGUGCAAUAGAAUAAGUAUCUUUAGCACGGGAGUUGUCCGUGUGGCAGACAAUGAUGAAGACUUAAACAAAUUUGCGCUUUUUAUAGCAGGCUUUCAAACAGAGGAUAAAGACAUUGGGAGCGCCAUUUGGGCGGAUUGGCGCCACGCCUGCCGGACCUUGGGUCAUCGCGAGGAAGGAUCCCCGAACUACCUUCUAUUCAACGCGCCUGAAGUCAUGAUCGUCUUCACCCGAGAUGCGACCUCGUUGCCGGAGCUGACGGCGCAGGUGCCGACAGCCGACAGCAGCACUACAAUCAAGAACUGGAUGGCUCGCUCUCAUCGACCUGCCUCAGUGGUCAGACCGACCGAUAUUCAGCAAGUUCAGCAGUGCGUUAGAUGGGCUCUGAAGCAUGACUUUAGCCUAACAAUAAUCGGCGGAGGACAUAGCAGUCAUUGUCUUUGGCCCACUGUUGUCUCCAUCGACAUGUGUGCUUUCGAUCAGAUACAUAUUGUUGCGAAGGGAGAAGACCGAGGUGCUGGGUACGAUGCUGGCCCCUUCGUCGUCGUGGAGGCAGGGUGCAAGACAGGUGACAUCGUUCGCAAGACUAUGGCUGCUGGCAUCACAAUACCCUUGGGAGCUCGUCCGAGUGUCGGUGCUGGCCUAUGGCUGCAGGGUGGUAUCGGACACUUAGCAAGACGAUACGGUCUUGCAUGUGAUGCUAUUGUCGGUGCUGUCAUCGUCAGUGUUCAGUCUGGCCAAGUACUGUACGUAGGCCACGUCCCAAGUCGACACCGACCAACCGACGCUGUUCUCCCAGAUUGCGGACACGACCUGUUGUGGGCGAUGAGAGGGGCCGGCACAAACUUUGGAAUCGUGAUUAGCGUAACCUUCAAGACUUAUACUGCUCUCAAUCAUGUGGUCCGAAAUUGGAUUUUACCCUCGACUGGCGUCAAAGAAUUACGGUCACGAAUUAGCGACUUUGACAAACUUAUCGCGAAGAAACUUCAACGGAACUCGUCCGCAGAUGGGUAUUUGUACCGUGAUGCCGGUCAACUGCAGUUUGGCAUGACCAUGAUCGAAAAUUACAUUACCGAGCCCACUUCUGCAACGCCUCUACCUACGACGGGAGAUUCGAUUUGGGGACCUGAAGACAAUUUGCAAGUCGUCAACGGGGUCGAUCUGUUUCAAACUGAGCUAUAUGUCUCGACGCUACACGGAGGACACGGAAACGGCAAAACCUCCUCAUUUAAACGAUGUGUCUUCCUGAAAGACAUUGGCGGACCCAGACUCUCGUAUCUGUUGGCAGCGGCUAUGGAGACAUGUCCAACGUCACUAUGCUACCUCCAUCUGUUGCAUGGUGGCGGAGCGGUUGGCGAUGUUGCGGCUGAUGCCACGGCUUUCGGGUCUCGCGCUUGGGAAUUCGCAUGCGUGGUCACCGGGGUCUGGCAGCGCGAUUUAGACCAUACCCAAGUCGCCCAGAAUUCCGUGCAGUGGGUUUACGAUGUUGCUAAUAAACUGUUGCCCUUCAGCUGCGGAGCUUAUGGCGCAGACCUCGGAUCAGACCGCAGAGAUGUUGCGCUGGCCGCCAAAGCUUUCGGACCAAACUUGCCGCGUCUGACCCAUCUCAAACGCAGUCUAGACCCGUGCAAUGUUUUGGCUUACACCUGCCCGAUCUCCACGGCACGGAUGGAACAGAAGAUUAUCAUCAUGGUCACGGGCGAAAGCGGAUCCGGUAAAGACUUUUGUGCGAAGGUCUGGCACACGGUGAUGGGAUGCUCCCACAUGAGCCUCACGGCCCGCAUAGUCAGCAUCAGCGAUGUGACCAAGAAGGAAUAUGCGAAGGAUACUGGUACCGACCUAGACUUGUUGUUGAACGAUCGUGCCUACAAGGAACAUCAUCGAUCAGAAAUGACAUCGUUCUUCCAAAGACAAGUACAAGAACGUCCUUCUCUCCUGAAGGAGCAUUUCUUGAAGGUGGUGCACAGCGAGGCAGAUGCGGAUGUGUUACUAAUUACCGGAAUGAGAGACGAGGCCCCAGUAGCAGCCUUCUCGCACUUGGUACCGGAUCGAAGAUUACUCGAAGUUUACGUCCAAGCCAGCGAAAAGAUAUGCCAGGUUCGUAGAGGAUACCCAAGCGGCAUCACGGCAAAUGGUUGCAUUGACGGUCAGAGGGAUAGCAGUCUCAAAUCCCUAGAUUAUUCCCCCAGCUUCAUCUUCAACAAUGAAACUACCGGACAGGAAGCAGCCAAGAGCUUUGCCCGAGAUCAUCUGCUCCCCUUCUUAAAUGACGAUCUUCAGCAGUUGGCCGGAAUGGUGCGAUCCCAACCCGACUUCCCUCACCAGGGCACAAAUUUUCGCCAUGUACUGGGUAUCCCUCAACAACCGUCUGGAUUAGCCCUAUGUACAUCGUUGCUGCGUACUCACUUCGCCGGUGACUGGGCAGAAAUCGACGUGGUGGUGUGUUGCGAAGCGGGCGGGUUCAUCUAUGCAUCACCGUUGGCCUCGCAGAUCCAUAUACCCUUAGUACCAAUCCGCAAGGCUGGCAAGCUACCCCCACCCACUGUUUCUGUGAACACGACGCGGUCGUAUAUAUCUUCUCUGGCGACCGAUCCUCAGGAAGAAGAACGAAUAGAAAUAGAGCGAGAUGCAAUCCCAAAAGGCGCGUCGGUGGCGGUUGUGGACGAUGUCCUCUCCUCAGGAAAAACACUUUGUGCGGUGCUACAGCUUUUGGAGAAAGUCGGCGUCGCCCGUGACGAUGUGAGUGUAGUAGUCGUAGCCGAGCUACCGGUGCACGGCGGCCGGCAACUAAUACGCGAACAUGGAUAUGGAAGGGUCAACAUCCGAAGCCUCUUAGUGUUUGACGGUGUUUGA